AAGACACGUUUUUCUUCCCGCUCUGACGCGUGGGUGUUUAGCAAACUUUUGGCGCCUCUGUUGUUCAUCUUCAUCUUGCCACCGCUUUCUCUGUUUUUCUCUAACUUCCUCCUCUGUUCUCUUCGUUCUGUUAUAAAUUUUCAUCUUUAUCUAUCCUUUAUCUCCAGUCUUUAUUAUAAAUUCCCAACUUUUGGAUUUUUGUUCUACUAUCGAUAACAUAUCUACUCUUUCUGAUUCUUUACAUAGAGGAUUGGGUUAGUUGGAGUUCUUUGCUUCUUGAUUAAAAAAGGAACAAUCGAAGUACCAAUAGUUGCAAUAAAAUCAGAUUAAUGGAUAGUCGACAAUCCAAAAGACGCCUCGCUCUGUGACAGAAGCUCAUGAUGAGAAUAUCAAACACCAUAAAAUAGACGAUUCUUUGGGAAUGACUUUGAGAGAAGAAAAGUUAUUGCAACGACGCCUGAAAAUUCGCGAGGCAACAACUAAACGCCUUCUUGCAACUACAAAUAAUAUCAAUCGCAUUGGAACAACAUCUCAUAUAGAUGAUAAUGUUAAUACUGGACUGUCUUGUUCCUCUUCACAAACAGUUACUGAGUGUCGAGCUUUUUCUUCAUCCGAUGUCUUUGACAAAGAAAAAGAUAUGAUCCAGCCUUUUCAUGUUUUUGAAAAAGGUUCAACAUCGGGUACCACAAAUGAUUCAUGUACUCCAACCUUUGAAACAGUUACAACUAAAGCAAUAUGGGUUGAUGAAAAUGAUGGUUCUACUACUCAUGCACCACAUCUUCAAAUUUAUACUCACAAUGAUAGGACACAAAGAGUGCACUACUAUUUUGGAUGUUAUGACCCUUUACAGUACCCGUUGUUAUUUUCAUAUGGUCAAGGCGGAUGGCAUUGUGGUAUUAAAAAGUUUCCCAAAGAAAAAAUAUUCGUAGAAGUCGCACUCUGGUUGAAUUUGAACAAUUGCCGAGUAUAAAAGAUUUCACAUCUGUUGAUGGAUAUCUUGAUAUAGAAGCUCAAAAUCUGCAAAAAGGAAAAUGCAAAAGAGAUGCAGUUUCAGUUCGCGAAUACUAUUGUUACAAACUUCAGAUGAGAAACGAUGAUGAGAAAUUUUGCAUACAGGAAGAUUACUCCAGCAGUAUUCAGUAGAUGAAUAUAUAAAAUUGGAGACACAAAGAUUAGACUUUGUUUCAUUCAAUCAAGAUUUAUUCAGAAUGGGUAUACUGCAAGGACUUCUUGAUAUUGUAAGACUUGGUGAACGAAAUGCUUCUAAUGUUGGAAAACAAAACUUUCUGCCAAAUUCUUUUAUAAGGUCCUAGAGAUAUGCGUCAGCGUUAUAUUGAUGCUAUUGCAUUAGAGCAACAUUUCGGAAAACCUGAUUUGUUUAUAACUAUGACAUGUAACCCAUCUUGGACGGAAAUAAAAGAACAUCUAUGGUCAACUGACGAGGCACAAAAUAGACUUGAUUUGAUUACUCGAGUGUUCAAGGCUAAAAUAGAAGAACUGAAGACGGAUAUAUUAAAACGAAAUAUCUUUGGAAAAGUUGUUGCUUUUAUGUAUACUGUGGAGUUUCAGAAACGAGGUUUACACCAUGCUCAUUUUCUUAUUAUACUAGGUAAUGAGCACAAACUGCUGACAACAGAGGCAUACGACAAUAUUAUUAGAGCAGAAUUACCAGAUGAUAAGACAGAAUCAGAUUUGCAUAAGCUUGUCAUCAAACAUAUGAUGCACGGUCCUUGCGGUAGUUUAGACCCAACAAAUUCUUGUAUGAAAAAAAAGGGUUACUGCACGUUCAAAUAUCCAAAAAUGUUUGCCGAUCAGACAAUAAAAGGAAACGAUUCUUAUCCAGUCUAUAAAAGACAAAAUACAGGGGAAGUUGUGAAAGUAAGAGAACGAUAUUUAGAUAACUCCUGGGUUGUUCCAUACAAUCCAGAUUUACUUGGAAAAUUCAAUUGUCAUUUAAAUGUUGAAGUUUGCUCUGACAUCAAGGUCGUGAAAUAUCUCUACAAAUACAUUUGUAAAGGACAUGAUAAGAUUGCGUUUUGUGUACAAAAUAACGAUACAAACAUAGAAAUAGAUGAGAUAAAAGAAUAUCGAUCUGCUAGAUGGGUAUCACCUCCAGAAGCUGUUUGGCGUCUCUUUGGUUUUCCAAUAAGUGAAAUGUCUCCCAGCGUUUAUCGUCUUCAACUACAUCUUGAAGGUCAACAAUUUAUUUCUUUUAAGAGCAAUGCGGAUAUACAUACAAUUCUGAAUAAUCCGAUGAUUCAAAAAACAAUGUUAACAGAAUUUUUCUCCAUGAACGAAACUAAUGAAGAUGCUAAAGAGCUCAACUUACUGUAUAAAGAAUUUCCUGAAUACUUUGUGUGGUCCUCCAGUGAUAAAUUUUGGGCACUUAGACAAAAGCGUUGUGCUAUUGCCCGCAUUGUGACAUGUCAUCCAACAGAAGGAGAACGAUAUUAUCUUAGAUUACUACUAAUGCAUGUACGGGGACCGACAUCAUAUAAGGAUCUUUUGACAGUGAAUGGAGAGCCUUGUAGUACUUUCAGAGAGUCCGUAGAAAAAAGAGGAUUGUUACAAUGUGAUAAUAGUUUGACAGAGUGUAUGUUUGAAGCUGCAAGUUACCAAAUGCCAUAUAGUUUAGAGAGAAUACAUAAAGUACCCAUUAAACUUGUCCGGAAAAAUCAUUUACACACCUAAACUUUACGGGCGACCUUUUACCCCACUAUUCUAAACUUAAGUGAAUUUAAUACCCCCUUCAGUGAUGACCUGGCACAAGACGUGUAGUUCACUUUGUAGCUGCGCGUGAAGGCAAAAAAAAAAUUAACUUAAAACUUAUUCAGUGGUCCAGGUGUCACUUUCCA